AUGUUGGAUCAGGAGGCAAAACCUUCAACUGAGGACUUGGAGGAUAAGAAGGGAGGAGAUUACAUAAAGCUGAAAGCUACUGGACAGGAUAGCAGUGAGAUUCACUUUAAAGUGAAAAUGACCGCACAUCUCAAGAAACUCAGAGAAUCUUACUGUCAAAGACAGGGGGUUCCAAUGAAUUCGCUCAGGUUUCUCAUUGAAGGUCAGAGAAUUACUGAUAAUCACACUCCAAAAGAACUGGGGAUGGAAGAAGAACAUGUGAUUGAAGUUUAUCAGGAACAAACAGGGGGUCAUUCAAGGGUUUAGGUAUUCUUUUCAUUUUUUUUCUUUUCCCUCAAUCCUUUUUUUUUAUUUUAAAAAAUAGUUCUUUUGUAAUGUGGUAUUCAAAAACGAAUUGAGAACAGGCACCCAGUCUCUUUAAAACAUCUGGUAAUUUGAAUUCUAGUGCCCAUUAUUCAUUAUCAUUUGUUUUCAUUGUGCCAAUUUUUGAUGAUCAAACCUCAGUCCCUUCAUAUUGUCCUCUCCUUUUAGAAAAUGACUUGUGUGCACAGAAAGGCCAUCUUUUGCAGGGACUGUGCAUUUUAGGGCUUGUGAUAAUAAGAUCAACCAAUGCAAGUGUCCAUAAUGACUUUCCAAUUGGCCCUGAAGUUCUUGCAUGCGAAUGCUUCACUCCUGGACUAUGCCUUUCAGUGGGAGAUGCAAGUUUGUCAGAACUGAACUGUGGAAAAUGACCCUUCCUUAACUUGAACCUACUUUUAAAAUCUGAGGGUAUGGACCAAAAGAAGAGGAAUAUCAGAUUGGAAAUGAUAUGACAGCUAUUAUGAGAGUAAUGACUAACUCCAAAGAUGGCUUCACUGAAGAGAAAGCAUUUUGAGAUUAAGGAGAAAUCUUGUCAGAAGAUCCCAGAAAAG